CGAUCGAUGGAUCGUGCGGGGCGGUCUCUCAUUUGCAUACUGGUCAAUUGCCGCUUUCGAUGGUCACUGCGUACGGUACCUCGGAUCGCUAUAAAUAGCGGGACGCUUCAAGUGUCCAAUCAGUUGAUCUACUCGACACAAUCAAGUAAUCAUCAUGCCUGCCAAGACUAGCGGAAAAGGAGCCAAGAAGGCCGGUAAGGCCAAGGCCAGCCGUGCAGCUGGAGACAAGAAGAGGAGGAGGAAGCGAAAGGAAAGCUACGGAAUCUACAUCUACAAGGUUCUGAAGCAGGUCCAUCCCGACACUGGUAUCUCAAGCCGUGCCAUGUCCAUCAUGAACAGCUUCGUCAACGAUGUCUUCGAACGUAUUGCCGGUGAGGCUUCCCGUCUUGCCCAGUACAACAAGAAGUCCACCAUCAGCAGCCGUGAGGUCCAGACUUCAGUCCGUCUCCUCCUCCCCGGUGAACUGGCCAAACACGCCGUCUCUGAGGGCACCAAGGCCGUCACCAAGUACACCACCGCCAAGUAAAUUGGUCAUUGCCAUUUACAACGAACGGCUCUUUUCAGAGCCACCAAUAUUUCAAGAAAGAACAGCGUUAUCUCGUAUUACUUUCAAUUAGUUUAACCAGUACUGU